AUGUCAGCUUUUGAUCAUUUGGCCGGCAGAGAUGCCUUAACUGCCAAUCCCAAUAUAUUCAACUACCCACGGAUGUCUGACAUCAACAUCACCUCUCGUGGUUCGGACCUCUACUGGGCUGUUUCCGCGAUAAUGGGAGUCAGUGCACUUGCCUUCAUCGCUCAUGCCCACAUCUGGGUAGCACCCAAACACAGUCAUCGCCUUGAAUAUGUUAUCUUCCAUUACAUCACCGCCGCAAUCUGCUUCGUAGCCUGUAUCGCAUACUUUACUAUGGCCUCGAAUCUUGGAUAUGCUGCCAUCAUGGUUGAAUUCCAACGCAGCGAUCCGGUGGUCGCCGGUCUUUAUCGGGAGAUCUUUUAUGUGCGGUACAUCGACUGGGUCAUCACGACUCCGCUUCUCCUGCUUGAUGUCCUUUUGACAGCAGGCCUUCCAUGGUCUACCAUUCUGAUCACAAUUCUCGUUGACGAGAUCAUGAUUGUCACUGGUCUUGUCGGUGCACUUGUAUCUUCACAAUACAAGUGGGGCUACUUUGUCUUCGCCAUGAUCUCCCUCUUCUUCAUCGCCUACAAUGUGGUUUAUGUCGGCCCAAAACAUGCAGGUGGCAUUAGGUCCUCCAACCAAACGGACAUCAAGAAGUCCUACAUCCUUGCUGCAGGGUGGACUAUGGGUCUGUGGUUCCUCUAUCCCAUUGCUUGGGGUAUUUCCGAAGGUGGCAAUGUCAUUUCACCUGAUUCCGAGGCUAUCUUCUACAGUGUCCUAGACGUGCUCGCUAAACCAGGAUUCGGCUUGGUCCUUCUCUGGGCUCACAGAAAUAUCAAGCCUGAGGACAUUGGUAUCCACGUUCGUAGCUAUGACCAACCUCGAAUGACCCAUUACCUCAGUGGAGCCAAUAGAGCAAAUGGAGCAUAUGAUCGCGAGAAGCUUGGUCAUACCGGAGGACUGGAUGGUGCCAAUGUCCCAGCCCAUGGCAGCGGUUCAGGUGCACACCCCACCAAUGGCACCAACGGUAUACACAGCGACUCACAGAACGGACACUCCGGUGGAAACCCAGUAAAUAGUCCUCAAGAUGCAACUGGGAUGGGUAGACAGGGAGCCGGUGUUGAGGCAUUCUCCUCCUCCGCUAACCCUGCAGUAACGAGUACCGGUCGGGCAUGA